GUGGUCCCUGAACGUGAGGGAGCGUGAGGGGAGAAUGUAAGAGCGGAAUGUGGUUUGGAAAGAAAGGCGGAGCAGGUGUGGGCUCCGCGUUGGUCACAUGGCGGCCACGUUGUUAUGCGGGGCUGCAUGCUUCCAAUGCUUGGGUCUUCAUGCCAGGCAACCCCCACUCCACAGUGUCGAUCUGCCGGUGUUAUACACCUGCAGUUCAUUUACACGGUACAGCAACACAGCGGCGAUCAUCCCCUCCUGUAUCACCGCACCAUGCACACACACAGGGUCCGGAGCCGCCCGUUGCCCCUGCUCGCCUCGCCGCCGAGGUGUCGGAGGCGCUGGAUGCCUGUCUGGCGCUCCCGGCGGUGUACGGCAGCAGCCCGGCGGAGGUACGGCAGGUGCUGCAGGAGCUGCUGGCGGCGCCGCCGGGAAGCCAGUGGCUGCAGGGCACCCUUCAGUCCCGUCUGGGGGCUGCCGAGGCGCGCAUGCAGUACCCGCAGGGCCCCGCGCCGCCCGCCUCACCCGCCCGGUCAGCACGCUCGCUCUGCCUGCCCAACGGCAGCAGCACCGGAGGCGACGGUGCGGCGGUGGAGGGCUCCGCCAGCCUCCCCUGGCACGGCAGCGGACGGAGACUUGCCGGCAGCGGCGGUAGCAUUGGCGGGCUGCGGCAGGGCCCGCUGGAUUUGGGAUCCACGGGCAGCCGAAUGUCGGGAGCCGGCAUCGGCGCUGGCGGCGGCUCGUUGGCGGCGGCGCUCGCAGCAUUCGGCAGUGGCGGCGGCGGCGGAGGUAGCAGUGAGGCCGCGACCCACGGGUCAUAUGGCCUGCUGGAGCUGGCUCGCGGCCCUGUGGUGGUGGCGGCUGCGCAUGUGCCGUCCCGCUACUGUUGCUCCACCACCACCUCCUCAGCCUCGUCCUCCUCCUGCACCACCUCCGUCAGCCCCUCCCCGCCUGCCCCCAGCAAGGGCCAGGCUGCGAGUGCGGGUCUGUCCGGAACGGGCUUGGGUCCGUCCGCGGGCUCAGGCGGCGGGGUUGCCACGCCUCGUUCCGUUGUGAGCGGCUGUGUGGUGCGCGGCGCGGCUGUGCUGCUGGAGGAUGGCAGCAGCUGGGUGGGGCUGAGUGAGGCUGUGGCGCUGCGGAGGGCUAUGUCGUACAGCCCGCUGGGGACCGGGCAGCUGCUGCGGUUGCCGUGAUGUGGAGGCGAGGUCGCGGGAAACAAUGGCUGAGUACUGUAUUACUGGUAUUGUAAUUGUGGAGGUCGGGGAAGGUGAAGGCCAAGGACCAAGCUGCUCAGGUGAAUACUUGGAUAAAUCGUAAAGUAGGUUGGUGUGGUUACGACGCUUUAUGUUAAAGACAAUGCAGGAUCACUGCCGCUUUGGGACUAGCGGACAGACGUCGGUGUACCUAGCUCGCUCGCAUGCGUCGAGUUAUCUAUGUGGCGAACAUGGCACCAGGGUGCCUUGCUGCAUGCAGAUGAGGAACGCAAGCGGGUUGGCGUGUGGAGUGUGUCAACCUGUGCGUUCCGGGGCAUCCCCUGGGUAUGUGUGCAUGUUACGACUUAGGAGGUGUACUUAUCUUGGACGGUUACAGUACGUCAGCUCGGCAAGUAAAGAAGUAAUCACUCUUGGUACGGCCUAAGGCGUUCAUUACAAUGUUGUGGAAGGGGUGUAAGGCCUGGGGAUCUGCCCAGAGUGUAUUUAUUGCGUGACACGGCAGACGGCAUGGCACUACCCUUGACUGCCAACCAAGUCACAUGAGGACGUGUUACACGCUUGGACUAUAACACUAUGUUAAUGUGCCGAUGUCGGGUAUUUGGAGAAUCCACUAUGCGGGGAAUGAUGCGCAUGAAUAAACAAUGCAAGUGCAGGCCAUGCUUGCACAAUCAAUGACGGCACAUUGGGCCUCGCUUCGUGGCAUCUGAGUGGCUGGGUGCCAGCGGGCCUGGAGCCGGGCGUGUGCUGGAUGCCGGGAGGUGGCAGGUGGGCAUGCAUGCUGACGUGAGUGGCUGGCAAAGGGGAUUUUGCUUUUGCUCCCUGGGCGAUUUGGUGCUUUGGUCCGUUGAGCUGGCUGGGCUGCCAGUUCCUCAUGUCUUUUAACGCACUGCCCUCGACCAGUAAAGCUGGUCUAUAAAGCAACAUGCGGUGGUGGUGAUGCGCUGGUGUGCCACGGUGGGCGGUGUGUGUGUGUAUGUGUGUGUGCAACAGUUUUUUGUGCACGCAUGCAGGCGCCUCCAGUUGCAGCCUGUCUAUGUGGCUGCAGCGUUGCAGUGAUGCCUUCCCCCCUAAUGGUAGGGUAUGUUAGGAGGAACACGCCUGAACAGCGUAAUGGCGUCCGGCGCUGUGUGAUUGCGAAGGAUGACGGGGGUUGUUAAGAACCUAACCUAUGUCCAACAGGAUCGUUCGUUCCGUGCCCGUAUAUGGAACUGGUAUAUUGCACUAGGGGUAUUAGUAACUUUGUAGGCGUACGGCGGCGUGGAUGCGCGUUGCGGUCCAUCCGUCCCUGGCGGCGCAUAGGGACAACGCAUAUUUACCACACUUCAAGGUAUUGACAAUCUACGUCACGUAGCCGCCUAAGACUGCAUUGUGGACCUUAAUAACAUAUUGUCGGUUUCGCGCUGCUCGUGUUAUGUACGGCAACGUGCUCGCUGCGGAUUGCACAUUGAGCACUAUCCUGCAAGGACCGUUUUAUAAUUCACAUGAUCAGCAAACGUGUUUCCUUUCUAUCUGAAGGUAUAACUCACUCCUUCUUGGAUAGUAUCCACUUCGCCGUCUAGAUAAGUUAGGUAUGGCGUUUUAGAGCUGAGUUACCCGCCCUGCAUGACUGUCACUUACACUCGAAAACUAGAGGACAAAGGGCCGCCGCCGGCUUGUAAGCUCUGGGAGAAGAGAUGCCGACGCUGACCCUUUGCCGGCGUGCCAACAGCCUUCCAGCGAAUGCCGAGGAGCUGCUCGCUUCUUCACCUCCUUCCCAGCGCCUGCCGCUUGUGCAAGAUGAGGACAAGGCUGCAACAUCGCCAGCGGUUGCGUUCCCUCGCAGCCCCAGUGCAAGCGCGACCUUUAGCCCCGUUUUCGACCUAGAGUUAGGAGGCAGCUGUGCGAAUACGCCACAGGAUCAUCACCAUCACAGGACGUCGCGUUAUGACCGCGACCGCGACCGCAAUUGCGCGGGGCCAGCCGCAGUUGGACGACCGCAGCCGGCACUUCCAACGGCAGCAUCACGGCAUCAGGUCCAGUUACAGCGUGUAGCUCUGGGUGCAGCGGCUGCGCCUGGCCUGGACCGCAGUCGGAGCGACCUGCAGGUCAUGCUGUCACACCACCAAGGAGCCAAGGCGGCAGCUGCGCAAGGAGCGGAGCCGCUGACUCCUACUGGCGAGCGUUUGGUGGAGCUUUGUAAACCGUCAAACGAGCUGGAGUUGGAUUUGGCACGCCGCUUGCGCGCAUUCCGCAACGCCCGCAUCGUCAAACCCCACUCCACCACCAGCACAACCACCACUGCAGUUCCCGCAGCCCCAGUCAGCUCGGGCAGCGACACCGGCUCCGUGCUGUCCACCGCUGCCGCCGGGGUGGCCGCAGCCGCCCCCACGGGUCCCACUCCAGGGGAGGUUGAGGCACUCGAGUUGGAGCUGCAGUCCGCCGGCUUCGUGGUCCGCAUCCUGGACGGCACGCGGCUCAGCAAGGACGCGCGCUCCUGCCUGCGCACCCUCAAGCACCGCUUCCUGGUGUGCCUCGGCUGGAGCCCCCGGGCGGGACAGCAGCAGCAGCAGCAGCGGGGGGUAGGAUUGGAGGGUGCCGGUGCCGGGGUCGGUGCGGCGCCAUUAUCCCAGCAGCAGCAGCAGCCACCGCAGCAGCAGCAGCAGGUUGCCCUGACGGAGCCGCUGGUGGUGGAGGUUCGCUUCCGGGAGCAGUUCCUGAUCGCCAACCCCACCCGGGCGUACGAACACAUGCUGCUGGCCCUCCCGGUAGUCUUCGUGGGCCCUCUGCGGCGGCUGGACGCGGCGGUGGAGCUGGUGGCAGCGGAGGUGGCAGCUGUGUUCCGGCAGGCGGGCCGGGCGCUGCCUCCCUGGCGCACCAAGGGCGCCAUGCUGUCCAAGUGGGCGCCGGAGCAGCUGGCGGAGCUGGGCAGGAUCAUGCAGCGGGUGCCGCUGGUGCAGCUGGGCGGCAGCAACGGCCCGCUUGCACCGCAACGCGCCUCCUCGCAUGCCUCAUCCGGGGUGUACGGCUUCAUCGACGUGGAGGGGGCCGCUCCCAGCGCGGAACUGGACUCCAGUGAAGACAACGUCACCCCACGGAGCACCAGUGCACCGCUGGAGACCGUACGACAGGCGCUGGGAGGAGCUGCUGCUGCGGCGGCGGCGGCCGGUGCUGUGGGCGAUUCCGCCGCCAGCAAGGGCAGCCUUGUUGACAUGGAGGAUGGCGAAGUGGGGCAGCUGGUGUACGACCAGGCGUCAAGUAUCAGUCAGCCAGACCUGCUGGCGGACGCGGGGGUGGUGGUGGGCAUGCGCCCGGCGGAUGGCCCGUCUCCCUGGAUGAUGCCGGAGGGACGCAUUCCCGUCGCCCCGGACACCACCGCCACCGCCGCUGCUGCAGCUGCUGCCGCAGCAGCCGUUGCGGGAAUAGCAGGAGGAGGUGGCGUGCACCCACAGCCCGGCGGCAUUAGCGGCUCCAAGCAUGGUGGUACGGCUGCUGCUGGUGACAGCGGCUGCACGUUGAGUUUCCCGCUGCUGCCGGAGUUGGUGGUGCCUAGCUCCGCGGCGCUGCUGGGCCCGCUGGCUCCACCCACGGCUCCUCACCCUCAGCACCAGCAGCAGCUCCCGGGGGCCAGCUCGCAGCAGGCCCAGCCGCAGGCUCGCAGCGUCUUCUCGCCGUUUGCCACCGUUUCCUCGCCCGAGUGGCGCGAGUGCGAGGGGCCGGGUGAGCGGGAUGCGGUGGAGGUGCCGCAGACGGCAAGCAGCAUGCAGCUGCCGGAGUUCACACUCAAGGAUGCGGCGCUGGGGCUGGCAUGGCACCCACACCACCCCCAACAGCACCAGCAGCACCCCCAUCAGCAGCAGUUGAUGAUUGCGGCGGGUCGGCCAGCCGCCGCGGCGAUGCCGCAGCCAACGCCGCCGCGCGCCAUGCCGCUGCAGACAGCAGCAACGGCUGCGACGAGGAUGACGGGGCCGGCAGCGGGAGGAAAGCCGGGGUACAUGCUUGACCUCCAGCCGCUUGCUUCGGGUGCGCUGGGUCUGCAGAAUCCGGCUUACGCCCACGCAGCGGCGGGUGUGGCGGCGACUCCUUGCUUUCCCGCUGCUGCCCAUCCAGCCAACGACCCGGCGGCUGGGGCCGCUGCUGGCAAGCCCGGUACGACCGACACGGCGGCGUCAACCGCAGCGGGGGCGGCAGCAGCAGUAGCUCCCCCGGCCAGUGGCGUCUUCCAGAUGCCCGACCUGCUGCGCAUUACCCGGCGCUCCAGUUCGGAUCUGUCACGGGCGGCCAACAAGUUCAAGAACGCCAAGUCCCUGCUGGCGACGGCGCUGCGGCGCGCCACUGGUGGCAGCAGCAGCGGCAAGGCGGAUGGAGUCAGCAGCAGCGGGGGCGGCAGCGGUGCGGCGGAUGGCUCUGUGGCGCAGGUCGGCCUGGAUCGGGAGUCACGGGAGAAGGAGGGCGGGCGAGCCGGCGGCAGCAGCAAC